AUGCUCGAUGAGUUUCGUGAGGACUCAGUCGAGCCGCUACCUAUGGAUGCCAGUAAGAGCCCAUCAACGCCAUGGGUGAACUGGGGGCCGUCCAUCGACGGCGAGGCUACCCCGUGCUUCCAGGACGGUUUUCUCUAUCGGAUUAUUGAUUCCAAGAAGAAAGUCUGGGCGCUGUAUAAUGACACGUUUGUCUACGAAAUGUAUGCCACCUUUAUUUUUUGCCCUGUGUCGAACAUGGAGCCCAUCACCGCCUCGCUCUCUGCGUCGGAGAGCGGCGGCGAGGUGGAUGACAAGAACCGCGUCGUCGCCAGGGUCGAGGGCAACGAGCUGACAAUCUCCAUGGCUGUCUAUCCGAUGGAGACGAUCGAGUUCGUCCGGGGCGACAUGUCGAAGUACAGUUGUCACUUCGACGGCAAGCCGCUCUCAAAAGAGUACCUUCAACGCGAAACAGCCUUGGCAAAUGCCGAGCUAGAAAAGAACAAGGUGACGCUCGCGAGGUUCAUCCACACCUCCGUGGACCCUGAGGAUGUGCUGACGUUGUGCAAAAAACACCGUUUGGGGUUUAUCGACCCUUCCUUCCCUCCCGGCCAGCACUCGCUUGACGGGGAUCGAGGCCUGAUUGCGCCGAGCGGGUGGCGGCGCCCGGUGGGAUAUCUGCCUCUCGGGUUGAAGGGUCAAAUUCGUCUGUUUCGGCGUCGUGUAACCCCUUCUGCCCCACAGCGUGGUGAAUUGGGCAAUUCGUGGGUGGUGAGCGCUAUGGCGGCGCUGGCGGAACACCCGGACUACAUCAAGGAAAUGUUUCGGCACCCCUUCAGCUCCGAAGAGACGCAGCGAGACGAGGCAGUUGGGGCGUACCGGGUUUGGCUGAACAAAGACGGUCUCUGGCAGUCGGUGCUCGUCGACAGCUAUCUCCCCGUAGUGGGCAAGCAGCAGCGCUACGCCCGCAGCGCCAACGAGCCGUGCGAGAUGUGGGUGUCGUAUCUCGAGAAGGCGUAUGCGAAGCGUUAUCACAGCUACAGCAACAUCGCCAGCGGCGAUCCGCUCUUUGGAAUUCGCGACUUCACCGGAUUUCCUACGUCGCGGCUGGACGUCCGCUUUCGUGAGUGUGUCACGGACCCAGUGAAGAGCGAUAUGUUUUUCCUUCGCAUGGUACGGGACUACGAGAACAGGCACCUUGUGUUGCUGAGCACUCCCGGCACCAGCGACCCGCGCUCUGCCCAUAGCACAUACAAAGAGAAGGGUAUUUUUGUAGGCUACGCCUAUGCAGUGCUAGAAGCUCGCGCGAUUGAAUUUCCGACGUUGCGGCGGAAGAAGGUACCACCGCUGCGGCUGCUGCGGCUGCGCAACGCGUGGGAGGCGGCGGCCAAGUGGAGUGGCAAGUGGUCCGACGACUCGCCGAUGUGGCAGACGUACCCGGAAGCGUGUGUUGCGUUUCCGCAGCACAGCGGGAAUGACGGAACGUUCAUCAUGGAGUGGUCGGAGGUGCUGGAAAUCUUUGUUGGCUGCGGCGUUGUGUUUAACCACUUCGGCUACGUGGACUACCGUGUCCCCUUCGAGUUCCGGGGCUCUGUGCCGGACCUGUGCCUCGAGAUUCACGUGACGGAGCCGACAACAUUGACGCUCAUUCUGUCGCAGCCAGACACCAAGGGCACGGUGAGGGAGUCGGAGGACUACAACCCUGUCAUGAUCUCCAUAGCGGGUGCCUCCUCCACCCCGACGACCCCGUUUUCCCAGGACGGCAGCAAGCGUAGUAGCGGGACCUCCAGUCACUCCAUGAUGACGGCCAGUACGCAGCUGAUGGCGCGCGAUUACUCUCUCCUCGUCAACUCCUCUGCGGACGCCGAGACGCCGUCAAAGAGCUUCACGUUCUUGCAGGGUCGCGACAUAAGCGCCAUAUACACGUUCAUCCCAGAGCAGUCGCCGUACCUCGUCGUACCGCGUCUGCUCGUGCAGCAGUCUAGCGGCAGCAACGGAACGAGGCCGUCCAGUGCGGCUGUGACAUCGGCAUCAAACAGCGCUGUGACGUGGCCAUGCGUGCUCGGCGUUCUUUCACAGCUUGCCUUUACCCCAAACGGACAGGCGCAUGUUCGUCUGCGCAAGUUGCCAGCGAACAGUCUCGUCUUCGACAACUACCUCAGCUUCGCCAACGACUCCGUGGAGGUCGAGAAGACCUUCUACGUGAAACGCUCCGGCACCAGUAUGACGCACCGCAGCGCGUCAGAACUACAGUAG